CGAUCCGCCGACGACUGCGCACUGUUUGUCCCACGAUUCGAUCUACUUUACGAAAACUUCGAAACUAACACAGAUCAAGCUUACACGGCGAAGAGAGGACCUGGACAAUUGAGAUAAAGAGUUACGUUUAGGUCAAUCGAUAAUGAGCUUAAGGUGGAUUCACGAGAAUUUGGAAGCUCCGACCUGCGACGAGGAGUGUAGUGAUAUUGACGACAGUUGCAGCGACGACAGUUACGACACCGAUCUGUCACUUUGCAAGAAGGACGCUGCAACAAUUGAGGACGAGAAGAAGGGCUUGAACAGCGAUUCUCGUAAACAGAAACGAGAAACGAGGAAACAUCAGAACACUAUAGUUACCUUCGAUGAAAACAGUCAACAAUCACGAUACGAGACAUCCAAGAUUAUGUACACCCUUUCACCCUACGUAAUAUGGGAUCCACGGCAACCAGCGGAAAACCCAAUUUAUAAUUCUCUCGUCAUAAAACUUUACUGUCGUACUGGUUAUCACCUCGCAAUCACAUCAACUGGCAAAGUUCGAGGCUUACCCGGAACGAACGAGACAGAUGCUCUUCUACACGUAACACCGGUCUCCUUUGGAGUUGUACGAAUACAGGGUGUCGAGACACAACUAUACCUUGCAUUCAAUAAAAAGGGCUAUUUAUAUGGAGAGUCCAAUAUGAACAAGGACAAUACUGAAUGGGAACAAUGGUCUGUUGGAUCUUACGAUGCGUUUCGAUCACGCAAAUACGUAAAUUUUGGUUGGUGGAUCGGUAUAAAGAAAAACGGACGUACAAAAUCUGGUCCGAGAACGGUGUGGGGACAAAAAGCUAUACAAUUCUUAGCAAUAAGACAAGAUCAGCAAGAUUAACCGCAUGAGACGAUAUUUCUUCUUUGUUUUUUUCUUUUAAUUAACUUCUACGCUUCGAAUUAGAUACGCAAAGGAAUUUUAGGAAAUCGAAAAAAAAAAA